AUGCACCUCGCGCAAAGGUCAAUCACCAACGCAUCUCCCGUAAUCGCCAAACAAACCUUACGCCACCUCACCAAACCGACCACCACCACCACCACUAGAUUAUUCAAACCAGUUGCCGUUUCCACUAGAUACCAAAGAUGGUACAGUGUAUUGACGGAGACGCCCGCGGCCAAGAUAUACGACUACAAGGGCAUAAAAGAGAUUGCCUCGCACCCGGAAAAAUACCCCGACGCAGUGUUGGUCGACGUGAGAGAGCCCGUUGAGUUCAACGAUGGCCACAUCCCAGGCGCAAUCAACUUGCCCUUCAAGAGCAGCCCCGGCGCGUUGGAUUUGAACGCCGAAGAGUUCCAAGAAAGCUUUGGGUUCGAUAAGCCUGAUGCUGAGAAAGAAUUGGUGUUUUACUGUCUUGGUGGCGUGAGGUCUAGCGCUGCUGAGGAAUUGGCUCAUACUUUUGGGUAUAAGAAGAGAGGUAAUUAUUUGGGCAGUUGGGAGGAUUGGUUAUCGCAUGAGAACAAGAAUAAGGCAGCAUGA